AUGUCGUCCAUCAAGGAGAAACAGUCACCUAGUCUGCCUCAGGCUGGCGACUCCAGCAGUAUAAGGUACCAACCUGAAGAAGAUACCGUCCCCACAGGUACCCUUCAUCGGCGCCUAAACAAUCGUCAAAUCCAGCUCAUUGCCGCUGGUGGCUCGAUCGGAACGGCCCUUUUCAUCAGUAUCGGUGGCGGCCUUGCAAAGGGCGGCGCUGGUAAUCUCCUUAUCUGCUACAUCUUCUAUUCUCUCAUUCUUGCCCUCGUGAACAACUCGAUUGCGGAAAUGUCUACCUAUAUGCCUGUUGCAGGCGGCUUCAUUCGUCUCGCUGGCAACUGGGUCGAUGAUGCCCUGGGCUUCAUGGCUGGAUGGAACUUCUUCCUCUAUGAGGCUCUUCUCAUUCCUUUCGAGAUCACAGCCUUGACCUCCGUGAUUGCUUUUUGGGACCCCGACACUCUCAACCCAGGACCUACAGCUGGUGUUUGCGCUGCAGUUAUUGCCGCAUACGCGUUUAUAAACGUUCUGGCGGUUGGAUUCUACGGCGAGUUCGAAUUUUGGCUCUCAGGAGGCAAGAUCGUCUUGAUCUUCAUCCUGUUUGCGUUCACCUUCGUUACUAUGUGCGGCGGCAAUCCUGCCCAUGAUGCCUACGGGUUCCGACACUUUGCAAGUGGAAGCUUCUCCACGUACCUGAGUACUGGACCCAAGGGACACUUCGAAGGAUUCCUAGCUGCUUUGUUCAGCGCUGGGUUUACGAUUGUCGUUCCCGAGUAUAUCUCAAUGGUGUCAGCUGAAGCCCAACGCCCAAGCAUUUACAUCCGAAACGCAUUCAAAACUGUGUACUAUCGGUUCUGCAUCUUUUUCGUCUUUGGCGCCCUGGCUGUGGGCAUCUCGUCUGCGCACGAUGACCCUAAAUUAACCGAGAUCUACUUUGGAAGUGGUGGCACCGGAAACGCAGCCUCCUCUCCGUACGUUAUUGCGAUGCAGAACCUAGGUAUCAGUGGUUUGCCCCAUGUUGUCAACUUCCUGAUCCUUACCUCCAUCUUUUCUGCCGGCAACACCUAUACAUAUGCUGCUACCCGGGCCCUCUAUUCACUAGCCCUUGCCGGACGCGCCCCUCGAUUUCUUACCUACUGCAAUCGUCGAGGAAUUCCCGUAUGGUGUUUCUGCGUCACCAUGCUUUUCCCGUUUCUUAGCUUCCUUCAAUGCGCGAACGGAUCCGCUGAGGUUUUGAACUGGCUUGUGAGCAUCGUCACCGGUGGAGCUCUUAUCAAUUUCCUUGUUAUUUCUAUCACUUUCAUCAACUACUAUAAGGCGUGCGUGGCUCAAGGAGUUGACCGUAAAACGCGGCCCUACUACGGAUACUUUCAACCCUACGGCGCGUACAUCGCCUUGGCUGUACAGACCCUCAUCAUCCUGACAUAUGGGUACUAUGCUUUCAGACCUACUUGGAGCACCGAAAUAUUUUUCCAAAACUAUUCUAUGCAGAUUUUGGCGGUUGUCUUGUUUGUUGGAUGGAAGCUUGUCAAAAGGACUCGCUAUGUCAGGCCCAUUGAGGUUGAUCUGGUUUGGGAGCGGCCUGAAAUUGAUGCCUACGAGAACUCUCUUACUGAGCCACCGACCGGCUUCUGGGAGGAAAUGGGCCACCUCAUCGGCAUUAGAAGGGGGAAGAAGACAUCGCAAGCCUAG